GGUAUUCAUUUGACAUGGGAGGUGGGCUGCGAUUGGUUUAGGACAUCGGCCACGACCUUGCGACCGCAGCAGGACGCUUCUCUUCGCUCUCACAACCACCACUACCACCACUACCCACCACCAUCACCACCGCCGUCAUCAUCACCGACCACUGCCUCGAUCCAGAUUAAAAUCUCGCCUUCCCUGUCGAAACUGAUCGCUAUAAACUCACAAUUAUUCACAAUACAAAUCCUCACCUUCGCAUCGUCACAACAAUCGUCGCCGUCGUCGUUGCGUGUUGCCAACUGAUCGGUUACACCUUCCCCCCUCCCCCCGAUCAAUGGCUUCGGCCGUACCAAAAUCUCGCCCCCGUCAAUCGAUGGCACCUACCGUGGCUCCCCUACAACACCAACAGCAAUCGCCGCCGUUUCAGGCCGAUCACUACGCAUUCCCAUCCCCUAACGCGCAACCAUACGACCACUCGCCAGCUUCGUACACAUUCACAGGCCCUGUAUGUCGCUACAUCAAUGGAGCACAUUUCCAGCAGCUUCUGGACCGAAUUAAUGUGGGCCUCCAGAGAUCUACACAGGAGGAAGAGAAGCGCGCAGUUAUCGAUGCAAACUUUGACGCCCUCGAGAGCGACGUGCAUGGCGAGAUCCGCCGUUUGAAGGCCGAGUUAUUUACUUCGCAUGGUCUUCGUCCGAGCCCGAAUAAGCGACCUCCUGAUGAUGAUCCGUCGUCGAACUACAGCUCGCCUGACGCGAAGCGGCCCAAGGCUGACGACGAGGACGACGAGGUUAACGCCAGGGGAAGCUGGCGUUGUCUUUACUACGAAAACGACCCAGACAGCAAUUUCCACUGCAAGGGCAAGCGGUAUAAGCGUGUAUCGGAGCUAAGGAGGCACAUCAAGACGCAUACGCUUCCGCACUACUGCAAGGACUGCGGAUAUCGUACCGCGGAAGAGCGACGAUUGCAAAACCACAAAUGUGAGCCUGGUAACAAGAAACGGUAUUCUCCCGUAACGGAGGAGGAUCGGCUCAAGCACGAACAGCUCGCACGGAUGGGCAUCAAGGUGGGGCAGAUGCGGCUGAUCCUGUUUGGAAAAAAGAGCGACAACGAGGAGGAUAAUAUCGCUGACGAUGACUCCAUAAACUCCGAAGGACCCAGUCGGCGUCAAUCCUUCAGUGAUUCACAACAGCCCCAACAUCUUCCAACAUUUGUGCCCGUCUCCUUCCCUGGCUUUCAGAAUCCCAUCCUCACCUCGCAAGCACCGCUCGAUGGAGUCACACUAUCGCCGUCCGCUCCCAUGUAUAUUGUACCGCACCUCCCGCAGAUGCCGCACAUAGCGCAUACACAAUAUGUCGUCCCUCACGGCUUGCACCACCCGCAUCCCACGCCGCCCUUUCACCCAGGCUCGGCGCCCCAUUCACCGAUCAUGCAACCAGGCCACAACCAUUCCUACUACAACUCCGAUUACCACCAAGAAUCAAACGACUUCGUGCUCUACGACAAUAAUGGCACGGUGACUUCGUCACCGAGUCACCACCAGCAGUCGCCGCCACCCAACAACUACCAGUUAUACACUAUGCCAGGACAGUCUCCCGGAUACACGAUAUACUCACCUCCGCCUGGGAUGCCACAGCGCCAGGACAGUCUCGGCAAUUACCUGUCGACUGUUUUCCCCGAGACCAACGGAGGCGGGCUCGACAAUUUCGAAGGUGGAGUGACUGCGCGAGCUAUGCCGGCCGAAUUGAUCGCGGAGAUGGAAGAGAACCUUCGCAGGCAGGGCCGCACCGACACCAAGCUCGGUGUUGCCGAGAAGUCCAAGAACUUCUUCAGGUCGUUGUCUAGCCGAUCCCUUGGUAAACCUGAUGGCAGUGAAUCUAGUGGUGCGGAGAGGAAGAUGUCGUUCUGGAAAAGACGAACGGCGAGUGCACCGGCAGAACUGGGCAACCGGAAGACCGAAGAGCACGGCAUUUUGGGGGGCAUCAAGAAGAUCUUUUGGAUUGGCGUGGGACGUAAAAGACCUACGCGGGUCGAGGAAGCUAGAGCCGAUACUGCUGCACCUACUGCUGCACCUGCUGCUGCUGCUACCCCUGCCGAGGGUGCACCCGCUCCCAGUCUACCCGCUCCCAGUCUACCCGCCCCAGUGGUACUUGCUGCAACCGCCGAGGAGACACCAGCGGCCACCACUACUCCCGCCGCGCCCGCACCUACCAAGCAGCCCGCUGCCACCAGCUCUACUGUACCCGCCGAGGAAGUCAUCACCCCCGCCAUGGCCGCCCCAGUAGUUACCCUCCCAAUGGUGCAGGCAACAGCAUAAGCAUUGGGGGGAGCAUGUGGAGGUUCUUUAUUUCUUUCGUUUAUAUCAUCUUGACGGACAACCAUUCCGUAUUUUUUGUUUCCUAUUAUCACUUUCCUUUUAAUGUCGGGCGUUUUUAUGUUCUUUUUCCUUGCGUCGUGCGAAUACCGAAAUGACCGUCAUUUGUUCAUUGAUACCUAUAUCGGAUCUGGAAUACCCAAAGUAUUGUAGGGCGGGCUGGGGGGCGGGGGGGGGAGUUGCAUUCGCUCCGUAAGGUACUUUGUUGAUUGCGAUUGCGUCGUCUUUGCUUGCUUGCUGUGCGAUUUUUUCUUUCUUUUUUUCUACCUUGUCUUUCUUGGGAUGAACUUUGUGCACGAAGCUGGUAUGGUACGGUAUGGGUACGGUAUGGUACGG